AUGGCCGCUCUCUUCACGGUCCCGAUCGCCUCGACCGGCGGCUCCAUCGUCUGCACCAACCCCACAGGGCAGGGCCAAGACAAGCAGAAUGUCUACCUGCUCACAUUCAUUUCGCCAAAGGACAAUCGGCUGACACCGUCAUUCAUUGAUGCGAUGAUUCUCGCUCUUGACAUCAUCGAACAUCGCUAUCCGAAGGGUGUUGUAAUCACGACCAGCGGUAUUACCAAGUUCUACAGCAAUGGGCUGGACCUGGACGUUGUGGCGAGCACCGAGGGCUUCCUGGACAAGUGGCUAUGGCAGUUGUUCCGACGAUUGUUGACCUUCCCAAUGCCGACCGUCUGUCUGCUCAAUGGGCAUGCAUUCGCAGGCGGCUUCAUGCUUGCCAUGUACCAUGAUUAUCGCGUUCAGAAUCCUGAGAAGGGAUUCCUCUGCGUCAAUGAGCUUGAGUUUGGUGUCCCACUCCAAACCCCCAUGAUGAGCAUUUUCCGUGAGAAGCUGGUUCCCACGACGUUCCGGAAUGUGGUUCUCGAGGCGCGUCGAUUUGGCGGCAAGGAUUCCCUGCAAGCGGGAAUUGUCGACGCACUGGGUGGACUUGAUGAGACUCUUGCCUUGAUUCGCGAUCGGAAGAUCUUGAACAAAGCUGAUACAGGUAUCUAUGGUGUCAUGAAGGAGGAGAUGUACUCACGUGUGUUGAACGGUAUCGAUGAUCAUAAUGGAAACCUUGCCUGGCGUGAUAGGGUGGAAGAAAAGAAGGGAGACCUGCUGCAAAAGAGUUCGCGGGCUGUUGAGGAGUGGGAGAAGAACAGCAAGGCCAAGCUCUGA